AUGCCGCCGCCACAGGCACCCGGUCAGAACGGCAAGAGUACCAAUCAGAAACAUGUUGCCAUCAAGCGCAAGCGCAAGAACAAGACUCAAGACAACACUAUUGCUCGUAAAGAUGUGACCAUUGCCCGCAAAGACGCGAUCAUUGCCCGCAAAGAUGCGUUCAUUGCCCGUCAAGACGCAACCAUUGAGCAACAGCGCAAUCAGAUUGGCUCUCUCGAGGAGACUAUCAGCAAGCAGGCUCAUCGUCUUGAAGGUCAGCGCUUUCUGCUCAAAGACUUGACCUCGGAAAUGGAGGCUCUGCAGAGCGAGAACAAGGCUCUGAAGAAAGAGCUCGCUUCCAAGGUGCGUACGUCAACAUCUUCAGCGCUCUGAACGGCUGGCUGCGUCGAUGUCAGUCGUGUCAGCAAGUCACCAGCGGCAGAGGGGCUCCAUUGGUGGAUGAGUAUAGCGGUGCCAGUCCAUGUCCAUCGAAUGGACUGGUUUCUCCCCAUCGUCGAUGCUCUCCUGCAAUGAGCUCUUUAGAUGCUUCGGGUCACGGUGCCACAUCUUAUUGUGUGCAUUGCAGAGGUACCCCGUACCUCAUAUGCCGUCUACGAACGCUCUAUCCUAUUGCACGUUUAUACCGUCGUAAACACAUGGUGGCAUACCGAACGAACAGAGAGCAGACUCGCUCAACGUUCGAGGCUCCUGUCGCUUGGCUUAUUGCACUUAUAGGAUGGUUGCUAACAGGCUUUCGUCUGCACGCACAGAGCUCCGACAACGUUGCCACCGAACCAUCCACUGCUCAAAGCCGUCUGAUCAAAGAUACGGCCUCGGACAACAAUGAGGCCUAG